AUGGCAUGGUCCCUGUCCAUAGUCUGGCAGGACCCUUUAUGCAUCACAGAACUUGCAAGCAAAUAUAGUCCUGACUCGGAUGACGUUAUCUACAUAUACAUCUAUAUAUGCAUGCUCAGAGAGUACCCGACCAAGAUGCUUGUGGCGGUGGCACUUUGCAUGUCCAGCGCGGUGCAGUCGUUCGUCGUCGCGGCAGUGGCUGAGAGGGACUUCUCCAGGUGGAAGCUCCGGCUGGACAUCAGCUUUCUCACCAUCGCUUACACUGCAAUAAUGUAUUCUCCGUGCCCGUGCCGCGUCGACUUGCCGGAACAUAUAGAUGAACUGGCGGCCUUGGGUAAUGGAACUCAAGUUGAUGUUGAUUCCAGCAUGAAGAAGCUUGGCACGACUAAAGACAAACUUCCGGAGCUGCUGAGGAGAGCAGCCAUGGAGGACAAGACCAUCAUCAUGACCUUCACGAACGAGGCGUGGACGGCUCCCGGCUCACUCAUGGACCUCUUCCUGGAGAGCUUCCGUACGGGAGUGAGGACGGAGCCCCUUCUCAAGCACCUGGUCAUCGUCGCCGUCGACGCCAAGGCGUUCGAGCGGUGCCAGCAGGUGCACCCGCUCUGCUACGCUCUCCCGGUGGAAGAUGGCGCCAGCUUCGCGUCGGAGCAGCGGUACAUGGCCAAGGACUACCUGGACAUGAUGUGGCGCAGGAACCUGUUCCAGGCCCGGGUCCUGGAGCUCGGCUACAGCUUCGUCUUCACGGACGUGGACAUCGUCUGGUUCCGGAAUCCGCUGCUGCGCAUCCCAGUGGGCGCGGACCUGGCCAUGUCGUGCGACUGGUUCCAUGGCAGCAACCCAUACGACCUGGACAAGAGGGCCAAUGGCGGGUUCGUGUACGCCAAGGCGAGCGCGAGGACGGUCGCGUUCUACGGGGCCUGGUACGAGGCGCGGAGCGCGCACCCGGGAAAGAACGAGCAGGAGCUGUUCGACAAGCUGAAGCGCAAGCUGUCGGCGCGGCACGGCGUGACGGCGCAGUUCGUUGACACCGCCUACCUCGGCACGCUCUGCGAGCGCCGGAAGAGGAGGGACUUCAACAAGCUCUGCACCUUCCACGCCAACUGCCUCAUCGGGCUCAAGGCCAAGCUGGAGACGCUCCGCGGCGUCCUCGACGAGUGGAAGCAGUUCAAAGCCAGCAACAACAACACUCUUACGGACUAA